AAUGGAUGUGACCCCUGAGCCUCCGCAGCACAGCAGGGGGCUGAUGCUAGUUCAAAGGCAGCCACCAGUGUCCCAGGGUCUGUGCAGGACCCUGAAGGCCAGGCUGCUGCAGAGGUGCAUGUGCAGCCUGCCCCGAGCUCAAGCACUGCUGCAGGACCUGAUCCCUGCCACACGCUGGCUGCGCCAGUACCGCCCACGGGAGUACCUGGCAGGUGACGUCAUGUCGGGGCUGGUCAUCGGUAUCAUCCUGGUGCCACAGGCCAUUGCCUACUCGCUGCUGGCCGGGCUGCAGCCCAUCUACAGUCUCUACACAUCCUUCUUUGCCAACAUCAUCUACUUUCUCAUGGGCACUUCACACCACGUCUCUGUCGGCAUCUUCAGUCUGCUCUGCCUAAUGGUGGGGCAGGUGGUUGACCGAGAACUCCAAUUGGCUGGCUUCGACUCCUCCCAGGACAGCCUGGGGCCUAGGACCAAUGGCAGUAUCCUCAACGACUCAGCUAGCACCCUGGUCCUCAGGCCACCUGACUGUGGGCGGGACUGCUACGCCAUCCGCAUCGCCACCGCCCUCACACUUGUGGCUGGGGUUUACCAGGUCUUCAUGGGCAUCCUCCAGCUGGGCUUCGUAUCCACCUACCUCUCACAGCCCCUGCUUGACGGCUUUGCCAUGGGGGCCUCUGUGACCAUCCUGACCUCACAGCUCAGGCACCUCCUGGGUGUGAGGAUGCCUCGGCACCAGGGGCCAGGCAUGGUGGUCAGCACGUGGCUAAGCCUGCUGCACAACGCCAGCCAAGCCAACUUGUGCGAUGUGGUCACCAGCACUGUGUGCCUGGCAGUGCUGCUGGCCGCUAAGGAGCUUUCAGACCGUUGCCGACACCGCCUGAGGGUACCAUUGCCUACAGAGCUGCUGGUCAUUGUGGUGGCCACGACUGUGUCCCACUUUGGGCAGCUCCAUGAGCGCUUUGGCUCAAGUGUGGCUGGCGAUAUCCCCACUGGCUUUGUGGCCCCGCGGGUGCCAGACCCCCAGCUGAUGCAGCGUGUGGCCUUGGAUGCUGUGGCCCUGGCCCUUGUGGGCUCAGCCUUUUCAAUCUCACUGGCAGAGAUGUUUGCCCAUAGUCACGGCUACUCUGUCCGUGCUAACCAGGAACUGCUGGCCGUGGGCUGCUGCAACAUACUGCCUGCCUUCUUUCACUGCUUUGCUACCAGUGCUGCCCUUGCCAAGAGCCUAGUAAAGACCUCCACUGGCUGCCAUACGCAGCUGUCCAGCGUGGUCAGUGCUGCCGUGGUCCUACUAGUGCUGCUGGCACUGGCCCCACUGUUCCGGGACCUGCAGCGCAGUGUGCUAGCCUGUGUGAUCGUUGUCAGCCUGCGCGGGGCCCUAAGAAAGGUGAGGGAGCUCCCUCAGCUAUGGCGGCUAAGCCCAGCUGAUGCAGUGGUCUGGGUAGGCACCGCAGCCACUUCCAUGCUGGUCAGCACUGAGGCCGGGCUACUGGCUGGUGUGAUCCUUUCACUGCUCAGCCUGGCAGGCCGGACACAGCGCCCACACGCAGCCUUACUUGCCCGCAUUGGGGACUCGGACUUCUAUGAGGACACCACAGAAUUUGAGGGCCUCAUCCCUGAGCCUGGAGUCCAGGUGUUCCGCUUCGCAGGGCCACUCCACUAUGCCAACAAGGACUUCUUCCUACAGUCCCUCUACGGCCUGACGGGGCUGGAUGCAGGGCGCUUGGCGGCCAGAGGGAAGGAACCGGGCUCAGAGGCAGAGGCCAGUGAGAGAGAUCCUGUCGAUAGCAAAGACCCUGGCCCCACGAGUAACAGGGCUGCACUGGUGCCCACGGCAGCUGGCUUCCACACGGUGGUCAUCGACUGUGCCCCACUGCUGUUUUUGGACGUGACUGGCAUGGCCACACUGCAGGGUCUGCGCCAAGAUUACAUGGCCCUGGGCAUUAGCCUGCUCCUGGCCUGCUGCAGCCCCCCGGUGAGGGAUGCUCUGAGGAGAAGUGGCUUCCUCACAGAGGAUGAGGAGGAACAGCUGUUCCACACUGUGCACAGCGCCGUGCUAGCUGCUCAUGCCCGCCAUGGGGAGCUGGCGACUGCCGACUCUACUCUCUAACAGGCAGGGCCUGCUCGCAACUCUCCCGAGCCUGUGACACAGGUCUGCAGCCGGCACUGAGAUCCUUUGGGGGAGCAAUGCCCAGCUACAGUUGUCACCACCUCCACCCUGGGGCCCCAGAGCAUCAGUUGGGGAGAGGGAAGGGGCACUCUGACCAUAUAUGAGGACCCCAGAGACUCAGUAAUCAAGAGCCUUCACCUUCAAGGCAAGUGCUGCCUUCCAAUGCGGGCCCAGCCCUGACGUCAGGCACCCACACAAUCCCUUGGCCUAAGUGCAGAAGUGCUGCACCCAACCUGA